AUGGUACAGUGUAUUUUUAAAGAUAGCACAUUAUGUAUAUGUAUAUUUUUGAUUCGUGCAAUGUUAUCUAGGUUUAAACAGUUAAAAUUAAAUUAAAAGUAAUGAGAAUUUCAAUUUUAAUCGCACGAAAGAUGAUAUUUAUUAAGAUAAAAUCGACAAUAAUAAAUAAAACAAAAGUAUCGUGACUUUGGCGCAACACAAUUUUGUGUUGAGGUUAUAUUAAUUUAUUUCACUUUUAAGGUUAUAUUGUAUUUAUUAUUUUUAAUAAAUAACCGAAUAUGCGACUCAGUUAGUGAGAAUGUAGCCUUCGAAUAAUUAUAAAAAUAAUAUCAACAAUGUAUUUGACUGCACGAAGAUGAAUUUUUCGUUACAUAUGAACUUGGAAUUUAUUAUUGUUUUUAUCAGUAAUGAUUGAUAUUUAAUAAAUAAAAAUGAACAUCAUGCCUUCUACAAAGAGUGAGGAGAAUAUUAUUUUAGAAGCAGAUAUUGUUUUCUUGUUAAUGAGAAAAGGGUUUCCUAUAUCUCGCAAUGUAAGAGCACAAUGGAUGUUGGAGCAUUUAGACACUGUGAUAAGUAUUCAGUGUUCAAAUUCUAAAACAAAGGAGGCAGCAGAACUAGAAGUAGCAUCGGUGCUGCCAAAAAAUAAAUCCGGAUCAUGGUCUCCUGAAACAAGCCAACAGUAUCUUUACAAAGUAACUUCUACAACCUCAAUAAUAUUUCUGGCACACAAGUACAGGAUGGUAUUUAAUCUGGACUUGAGCCCAUCCCUUGCAACUGUAUUUACUAUACCAGGAAGUAAAAGAAUAAUGCAACCAGAGAUCUAUGUAACCAUAAUAGUCCAUACACCUUUUUUCACAAGUCCUGCACAACAAGUUUUGGUACAAGGUUGGCUAGUAACUUUGGACAAUGUUAAACAGCUGACACAUUUCAUAGAGAAUCAACUCCAUAUAUUAGAGGAGAAAGUGGCAUGUGUUACCGCUAUAGCUAGCCAACAAUUGGAAAAUUUAAAAGCGGAGAACGAACGUUUAGUCGGAGGUCUUUUUGAAGAGAGCAACGCUUGUCUAAAUAAAAAUAACAAUACUUGUCUUGCUAGUACUUCGUUAAUUUCCCCGGAAUCAAGCUUCAUCAAUAUGUUGAGGUACGGGAUGUUAGCGCUUACUCUACUACCGGAACAUAGUUGUGCACAUAUGAUAGUCGUUUCGGAUGGUAUAGUUGGAAAUACCGAUGUCCAUGUUUUGGAUUCGGUUAUACAACAGUUACGUGCAACAACAAUUGCAUGCAGUUUUCUACACGUUGGAAGUACAUACCAUCCACAUUGUGCUGAUGGUUUAGUGCCAUAUCAAGAGUUGUUACAUUUCAUUGCAAAAGCUACAUUGGGUACUUACAUGUCUUUUCGUCCAUAUCCUGUAGAUUUAAACGAAACAGAGAUGAAUGUUUAUCACAAAAGCUUUUUAUGUUGGCAAUUAUAUCGCGAAGUAUGCUGUAACAUUGCCCCAGAUUAUUCGAACUGGCAUUCGAAAAAUUCAUUAUUUUAUGAAGAAAAAUCGACGCAGCUUCUGCAGAAGAAACAGAUUGAGGACAAAGUGACAUGCGCAUUAAGCAGUCUAUUGUGUUGUCGCCUCCGAGAGGGAUAUUUAAUAAAAAGUGCUAACGUGAGAGACGAAAUACUCGAAAUUUGUUUUGUAUUAUUGUGGAGGUCCAGUGUUUUGCUAGAAUAUGUAGUGACAUGCCCUUGGUUAACGAAAUCAUUGUCCGUGUCCAAUACAAUACAGUAUACAAUUACUACAGAAGCGCCCUAUGAAUUUUUACACGAUAUCACAUGUCUGUCAAAAAAGCCAUUGAAGUCGCAAUAUCGACAAGGUGUUGUCAAUCGGUUUUGGGCAACAUUAACAUCUUUAACAGAAAGUGACAGUAUGCUUGCACACUUCAGUUGGUUCCCAGAAUUCGGCUGGACUUGGUACAGCGUGCCAGAUACUAUCAGGAGUGGCAUGCCAGUCUUUUAUUUAUCGGCUUAUCCUUCACCUAGCACCGUGCAACUUAGUGAUGCUGCAUGCCCACAAUUCGGACAGAUUUGGCAACCUGUAGUGUCUUUAAAUCCUUUACAGUGGGCCCGUUGGAUGCAUACCCAAAGAGUAACGUUGAUUUUAUCGCACGACAGGCCGCUGCCGAAGCACCUGCAUCAAGCAAAUCAAAGCGGGCGUUUCCAAUGUGUUCAAAGUCGUCAGGCAGCCGCCGUUCUCUACGCCAUGCUGAAAAAUUGGGCAACCUUCGUCCUUGUCGAGAAUCACACAUACGUGCAAUUUAUUUAUCGAGAGGCGGACAAACCACCCGUUUCGUUCUCGUUGAUCCGUAUCAAUUGCAAAGCACUCUGCGUCAUCCUUAACAUUGCGUUUGCCGCUGGAACCGAGGGAGUCGUCCGGCAUAACGUUGUCGUCGACCUUCUAGAUCGAUUGUCCAAACUUACUUUACCGAACAGGCCUACGGAGCAAAAAGAAACGCCGUCCUGUACUAUCGUUCACAAAUCUUUGGAGAAGAUACUGAUCAGAUACGAGCGAAUGCCAACCGACUUGAGCUCCAUCGUGUUCCCCGAUGGAACUCUACCCAUUUCAACCAGACUCACGCCAAUGUUUGGUGGAAUUUUGACGACUAGUUUGUCUAGAUAUUUGUAUCACAAUCGAUGGCUCUGGCACGUGAAACGGCCACUCGUACAAACCAUCCCUGGAAUUGUAUUACCAAGAUUGAACAUAACUGCGAUCGCAAGGAUCCUUUCUACAAUCACGAAGCAAGUAUUUUGUGUUAAUUUAAUUCUUCUUGUUGCCAUCAUCGUGCUUUACUUCACAAUUCUUACAAAAUCGAAAGUUUGCCAAUUAAUGAAAAUAGAUUUAGAUUAUAUAUUUCUACUUUUUAGAAUGCGUUUGGCUGAGGGCUUCAAUUUCACUUAUUCAGCAGCCGGCAUUAUAAACAUGGUUCUUGAAGUGCAGAUGCAAGGAGUUGGCGAGAAUGAUACUACAUAUCCGUGUAUUAUUCAAUACAUAUUAUUUCCGCCACACGUCAUGUCAAAUGCGACAUUAGAACGCGACAGUGCGUCGGAGGAAGACACUGACGAAGGGACCGCAGAUGGUGAAAUAAGCGUAGAAGAUGCUGAGGGUUCCGGCGAUUUUCAAAUCAUUUCUGAGAUUUGGAUUGAACCACAGUGUGGUUUCUCUCAACUGUCUGUACAGUCCACAGCAACAUACAUGAAUCGUUUGCAGUAUCAUGAGAUCCCAGACGCA